AUGUCGAAUUUACCUUAUGCUGCAGAUGCGGAAAGUCCGCUGAAGCCUGCUGAGUUACAAGUUCUCCGCGCGCAAUAUGAGAAAGAGGGCGACUAUGUCGGCAUUCAAACAAAAUUCAACUACGCCUGGGGCCUAAUCAAGUCAAAUACUAGACCCGACCAGCAAGAAGGUGUGCGCCUUCUCUCCGAGAUCUUCCGCGGGGCACCCGAGCGACGACGAGAAUGUCUUUACUAUCUUGCUCUGGGCAACUAUAAGUUGGGAAACUAUGGAGAAGCCCGCCGAUACAACGAUUUGCUUUUGGAGAAGGAGCCUGCCAAUCUCCAAGCGGCCAGCCUGGGUUCUCUCAUUGACGAGAAGGUGGCAAAGGAGGGUCUCAUGGGCAUCGCCAUUGUAGGAGGCCUCGCCGUGGCGGCAGGUGUGGUGGGCAGCCUGAUUGUCAAAGGAGCUCGAAGACGGUGA